AUGAAUUGUUUUUCAACCAAAGCAGUAAUACAAAUGGUCGUGCGUCAGUAUAAUUCAUCGAAAAAAAAUUCAAAGCCUCUUCGAAAUUAUUUAAAACAAAAUUCAAGAUUUCUGGACUCUUUGAGAGUACAUGUGAAAGCUGGAACUGGUGGAUUUGGUUUCCCAAAAUAUGGUGGUGAAGGUGGCAAAGGCGGUGAUGUCAGUUUUGUAGCUACAGAUGGUAUGACACUAAAAGAUUUUUUAAAUAAAUAUCCACGAAAAAAAAUACAAGCUGAAACUGGUGGAAAUAGUCAUAGUAGACGUAUACUUGGUCAAAUUGGUCAGGACAAAAAAGUAAACGUGCCUAUAGGUAUAACUGUGUAUGAUGAUAAAAACGUGUUAAUUGGUGAUCUAAAUGAAAAAGAUUCUGAGUUGAUUGUGGCUAAAGGAGGAGAAGGAGGUAAAAAUUCCAAUGGAUAUUGUGGUGUUAAAGGAGAGAGCCGAUCUGUAAAACUUGAACUUAAAUUAAUUGCUGAUAUUGGUCUUGUUGGUUUUCCAAAUGCUGGAAAAUCCACAUUUUUAAAAGCUAUUUCUAAUGCCAAACCUAAAAUUGCAUCUUACCCAUUCACAACCAUUAGACCCAAUAUUGGUAUUUUGUCCUAUGAAGAUUUACGACAAAUAUCAAUGGCAGACUUGCCAGGGCUUAUAGAAGGAGCUCAUUGUAAUAUUGGAAUGGGUCAUCGAUUUCUAAGACAUGUCGAGCGAACAAAAUUACUGCUUCUUAUUGUUGAUAUUAAUGGUUUUCAAUUAAAUCCCAAACAUAAAUUUAGAUCAUGUUUAGAGACAAUUAUUUUAUUGAAUAAAGAACUUGAAUUGUACAAAGAAGAACUACUUGAUAAACCUGCAAUGUUAUUAAUUAACAAAAUGGAUACUGAGGGUGCCAAAGAGAAAUAUUUAGAAAUUAAAGAUCAAUUAGAAAAUUUAGAUGAAGCUCUUUUAUCAUUUCCAAAAGAAAUACGACCAUUAAAAUCAAUUAAAUUUGAUAAAAUCAUACAAAUAUCUGCUAAAAACCAGCCAGAUGAUAUAAAACAAGUUAAACAAAUAGUACGUAAUCUGCUAGAUAUCAAUGAAGAAUUAAGUAAUGAUGUAGAAUGCCAUCCUCUAGAAGAUCUUAAAGAACAAUUAAGAGAACGAGGGCCAGUUUUAUUAUGAUCUAUAUAUAUUUUUUACCUUAGAAUAUUUCUAUAAAAUUAAGUAUCUUGUU